CCCAGCUUAGAGGAUUCCAGGGAGAUCUACCAGUGACCUUGCUCCAAGGGAAGAGGUGACAUCACAGGAGGGCCACUGGCAUCACUGCUCAGGAGCAGGUACCAUCUACACUUCCGAGGCGUGGGACAGACCUCCUCUUCUACACCCCUCCAAAAGAGGAUCCUGAUUUGACCUCCAGCUUUGGUACAAAUCUUCAGAAUUUCAAGAUGGAAACCAAAAUCCUGUCUCAGGAAUUAAUUGCCUUCAUUGAAUCAUCUCUAGAGAAGGGAAAUCUUCGGGAAACAGUUUCUGCAAUCAGCAGUGCUCUGGGUGACAUUGAGAAAACCCCACUGAACAUUGCAGUGAUGGGAGAGACUGGGACUGGAAAAUCCAGUCUCAUCAAUGCUCUACGGGGAAUAGGGGCUGACGAAGAAGGUGCAGCUGCUACGGGGGUGAUAAGUACAACCACUGAGAAAACAGCAUACUCAUGUGCAAAGUUUCCGAGUGUGACACUAUGGGACUUGCCUGGCAUUGUGUCUUUUGCCUUCCAAUCACAUGAUUAUCUGAAGAAAAUCAAGUUUGAGGACUAUGACUUCUUCAUCAUUGUCUCUUGUCGACGCCUUACCCAAACUGUCGCAGAACUUGCCAAAGCCAUUGUGAAAAUGAAUAGGAGUUUCUAUUUUGUUCAAACCAAAAUAGAUACUGAUCUAAUGAAUGAAGAAAUGUGUAAACCUAAGACAUUCGAUAAAGAGAACACUUUAAAGAAGAGUCUAAAUCCAAUUUCAAGAGCACUUAAGGAAGUCACCCAACAGGAGCCUCCAGUCUUCUUGGUCUCUAACUUUUAUGUGUCUGACUUUGACUUCCCAAAGCUGGAAACCACCCUUCUGAGUGAGCUCCCCGCCUACAAAUGCCACAAGUUCAUGCAUGCUUUGCAAAUUGUUACGGAUUCCGCCAUAGACCAGAAGAGGGAUAUGUUGAAACAAAAGAUCUGGAAGGAAUCCAUAAUGCCAAGAGCAUGGGCUACCAUACCAUUCAGGGGAUUGACCCAAAAUGACCUGGAGAUGUUGGAACAGACUUUGAAUGACUAUAGAUCUUCCUUUGGCCUGGAUGAGGCAUCACUGGGAAACAUCGCUGAGGAUUUGAACAUGACACUGGAGGAACUCAAAGAAAGCAUUAAGUCUCCACAUUUGCUCUCAGAUGAACCAGAUACAUCUUUAACAGAGAAGCUAAUGAAGUACAUUAGAAACCCUUACUUUUCAAAGGUUUUCCACUUGCAAAAUUAUUUUGUUGACACAGUUGCAAGUGAUGUUAAAAUUAUCCUCAGUAAAGAAAAGCUUUUGACAGAGAAGCAUCCUCCACUGCACACAGACAUAUGCAAGCCUUCCUCUAGCACACCCUCUCCUUUAACAGCUCAACUUUUGGCAUUCAGCUUUGAAAAUUUUUUGAAGAAUUUCAAGAAGGAAAGUAACAUCCUCUCCGAGGAAACCAUCACCUUGAUUGAAUCCCAUCUGGAGGAUAAGAACCUUCAGGGGGCAAUGUCUACAAUUACUCGUGCUCUGAGAAACAUUGACAAAGCCCCACUGAACAUUGCUGUGACUGGAGAAACAGGGACAGGUAAAUCCAGCUUUAUAAAUGCCCUGAGGGGAGUGAGGGAUGAAGAAGAAGGUGCAGCCCCCACUGGGGUGGUAGAGACAACCAUGAAGAGAACUCCAUACCCACACGCAAAGCUCUCCAAUGUGACAAUAUGGGACCUGCCUGGCAUUGGGACCACUAACUUCCCACCACAAAACUAUCUGACAGAAAUGAAGUUUGGUGAGUACGACUUCUUCAUUAUCAUCUCUGCCACACGCUUCAAAGAAAUUGAAACACAUCUGGCCAAAGCCAUUGAAAUGAUGAACACCAAGUUCUACUUUGUUCGAACCAAGAUAGAUCAAGAUGUCAGUAAUGAACAGAGAAGUAAACCUAAGUCUUUCAAUAGAGACAGGGUCUUAAAGAAAAUUAGAGAUGACUGUUCAGGGCAUCUUCAGGAGGCUCUCUCCAGUCAGCCUCCAGUCUUCCUAGUCUCUAACUUAGAUGUGUCUGACUUUGACUUCCCAAAGCUGGAGACCACCCUACUCAAUGAGCUCCCAGCCCACAAGCGCCACAUCUUCAUGAUGUCCUUGCACAGUGUUACUGAGACUGUCAUUGACCGGAAGAGGGAUUUCCUGAAACAGAAGAUCUGGCUGGAGACCUUGAAGGCGGGAGUAUGGGCCACCAUUCCACUUGGGGGCCUCAUCAGAGAUGAAAUACAAAAGUUGGAGGAGACCUUGAAUCUCUACAGGUCUUACUUUGGGUUGGAUGAAGCCUCACUGGGAAAUAUUGCCAAGGAUUUAAAUGUGUCUGUGAAUGAAAUCAAGGCACAUCUUAAAUCUCUCCAUUUGUUAACAAAGAACGAAGACAUGGCCUUCAAAGAAAAACUGUUGAAGUAUACUGAAUAUAUUUCCUAUGUUACUGGAGGACCACUUGCCUCAGGCCUUUACUUUAAAAAGACUUACUAUUGGAAAAGUCUCUUCAUCGAUACUGUAGCAAGUGAUGCCAAGUCUCUUCUUAAUAAGGAAGAGUUCUUAUCUGAGAAGACAGGUUCAUGCAUGUCUGACCUCCCUGAAUACUGGGGAACAUGAAUGGAGCUGUGAGGCACUAACUUUGGAUUGUUUUCAGGCACUGACUUAAAGCCUACUUUUAAGUAGCAAACAUUUUCUGGAAAAGAUUAGAGGAUUCAUGUCUUUCAGAGAUAGACUAUCACUAUAGUGAUAAAGAGUCAUCCACAGUAUAUGAACUCUCUUCCAUUAAAGUAUCAUUAUGAGAAUAUAUGCUUGUACAUGUAUGACUUACAAUAUUUUUGUCUAAUUAAACUGGGAUCAUUUGUCCCAAGGAGAUUCUCAAGCUCUGCAACACUCUAAGAUGAAGAAUUUAGUACACUGUGUAACAAUUUGUGUUUUUCUAUAUCUGCCUCAGUUGCAGAAUAAUGACACAGAGGCUCAUUUAUUUAUGCAUUAAUACCUGUACCUUAGCUAAGCUUAUAACCCAACUAACUUAUAACUAAAUUAACCUGUUUAUACUAUUCUGUGUCUGAGAAUUCUGUGUCUGAGAAUAGACUGGUUGCCUAUUGUCAGUUUCAUGCAUUCAAUUUCCUCCACAACUUUGUAGUGAAUCACUUCAGCCUGACCUUUCCUAAAGUCAGGAAAGUUUUCUCUUUCUCUCUCUCUCUCUCUCUCUCUCUCUCUCUCUCUCUCUCUCUCUCUCUCUGUGUGUGUGUGUGUGUGUGUGUGUGUGUGUGUGUGUGUGUGUGUGUGUCCCUAUUUCUUUCCCCAAGUUGUACUACCUGUUUCCUCCUGCCUUUCUGUGGACAUUCAGCUCUUUGUUGAUAGAUGAUGCUUUGACGGCGUGCACAAGAGCUUGUUCCUACAAUACUCUCAUGAAAUUCUUUGGGGGUUUAGGAAGUAGAGGAGCCUUGUUCCUAGCACACAUCUCCACAUGACAUGGUGUCUCCUUAGACAUGGUAGCCAAACAACAGAUGGGAUGAUGUCCAUUGUCUGUCUUCCCUCCAGGAGGAGAUGGGUAAUGCAUGGAUAAGUAAACACACCUGGAGAUCUGUACCAACACAGACAUUUUAUUCUAUAACCUUCACCAAUCAACCAGAUGAGUUUGAAAUCUGGGUUAUAGGCAACACAGGCUCUAAUUAAAUUGUCAUUUCUUGUGGUGUGGUAAAGGCUCAACAUCUUAAAAUCACGCCUCCUGGUGGACAUGAGGUGCCUAACAUAAGAGCCUAUAGUCUCUCCCUCAACUUUCUUUUCCUCUUUCCUCUCUUCCUAUUCCUCCAGCUUUUCCCCUUCUUAUUCCUCAUUCUUCUCCCCUCUUCUGUCUUUACUUCUCCCCCUGCUUCUGUCUUUCAUUUGCCCACUCGGAUGUGAGACUUGGCAAACGCAGUAUCUACAGGGCAACCUCGCAGCCUAGAAAUCUUUGGAAGAAUUGGUAUUACAGCUUCUGUCCAAACAGCAAGAAUUUUCUCUUCUCAGAGUAAUGGCAAGGAUUUUGUUGUUGGAUAUUUUUUUCAUCUCUAAGGACUUCAAUUGGUUAAAUAGGAGCAUUUAUAUUAGAAGAAGUCAUCUGACAUCUCCUGCUGUAGAGAGAGUCUCUAGUGCAAUGCAUGGAAUCAUCACCUGUCAA